GGGUCCCUUGCAACUCCUGUCGCGCCGCUGCCGGAGCCGCUGCUGGUCCCGGCUACCCCUCAGCGUCCUUGCCCGCAAUAUGCCUCCACUGCCCUCGGGCUGCUCGCCAUGCUGGGGACCUGCAGGCGCCUCUCCUCCCUGCUCCUGGGGCUGGCGGCCGCGACCCUGCUGCUGCUGUUGGGGCGGCCGCCUCUCGUCGACGGUGGCGAAGCCACCCACCCGCUGCAGCAGCUGGCGGCGCUGCCGAUGGGGGACCCUGCCGCCGCGGCGGCCUCAGGAUCUGUUUUUAUGCUGAAAGUUCAAGUAAAUGACAUAGGCAGUCAUCAGUACCUGCGACAAGCAGUUGUAGAAGUGUUUGUUAACUACACAAAGACAAAUUCUACUCUUACUGGAAGCAAUGGAGCAGUAUUAAUAAAAGUUCCAUACAAAUUAGGAGUAAGCCUAACUAUUGUAUCAUACAAGGAUGGCUACAUGUUAACACCUUUGCCUUGGAAGACUGGGAGAAUGCCAAUAUACUCUUCUGUGACGCUUUCAUUAUUCCCACAAAAUCAAGCUAAUAUGUGGCUGUUUGAAGAUACUGUCUUAAUUACUGGAAAACUGUCUGAUGCCAAAUCUCGACCAAGUGUUCAGUUUCCAAAAUUUUUAAUAAAGCUUCCAACAAAUCGACAUAUUACGAAUGUUACUGCCUAUCUGACAGUGCCAGAGCAGUUUUUGAAAGUAGACAGCUUUGUCUAUUCAACAGGAAUUCUUCUAAGUAAAUCAGGUUUCAAAAGCAUGGAAUUAACUCCUCUUGCUGCAAUAUGUGUAAAUAUUCGUUUAACUGGGAAAGAACUAAAAGUAAAUGGUCCCAUUCAGAUUACACUUCCUCUUCCCACAAGUACUGUAAAAUCAGGAGAUGCUGUACCUGCAUGGGCAUUUGAUAUGAAAACUGGUGCUUGGGUAAGCCACGGGCUAGGAAUGGUAAAGGAAGCAGAUGGUCAAUUAGUAUGGACAUACACUGCUCAACACUUAGGCUACUGGAUGGCAGCUCCACUGCCUGGAGCAAGAGAAUCCAUUAUUAGUGCGGUUUCCAAGGACAUCACAGCGUAUCACACAGUGUUUCUUACUGCUAUCCUGGGAGGUACUGUUGUCAUUAUCAUUGGAUUUUUUGCUGUUCUUCUUUGUUACUGCAGGGAUAAAUGUGGUCGGACAAAAAAGAAGGAAAAAAGUACAACUAAGCCGGAGGUCAUCAAAAAAGACCAGACUACAUCAACUACACACAUAAAUCACAUCAGUGCUGUCAAAGGGUCUUUAAAGUUGGAGGAUAAGUCACAGCUAUACACAUCUAAGGUUUCAUACAGCCCUCAAAGAAGGAUGUCGAUAGACACAGAAGAUGGAAAAUCACGAGACAAUUUUAAAAUCCACACAGAGGAUGCUUCUUACCAUUUAUCCUGUCAGACUGGUCAGUCAAGAAAUUCAGCCCAUUCAUUGGAGCCUAAUGCUGGACUUAGGCAUUUACAGCAGCUGAAGCAUAGUAGCAAUGCUAUUUCCCAGGUUCCUAGGGAUAUUCAAGACCAAAACAGAUACCUUUCCCAUAUCCCAGAACACCUGAUGCAUAUUUACAAUCAACCUAUUGCUAUUCUUCAAACCUCUGACCUUUUCCACUCCCCAGAACAAUUGCAUCCUGCUAAAUCAGCAACUUUGCCAAGAAAAGGGCAGUUAGUUUAUAGCCCCAUGAUGGACCCCAUGAAUCAUGACAGUUACAUGCAAACAUUACCGAAAAUGCCAGUGCACUCUCAUCCACAGCCUUCUGUCUGCAGAGAUGAAAACAGUGUGUUAGAUAGUGGAGAGUGCUUACCAUCUCAGACUUCAAACUGGGGGCGGUACACUAAUAGCUUGCUGGAAUCCGUCUCUGUUCCUGGGACAUUGAAUGAAGCAGUUGUAAUGACUCCGUUUUCAUCUGAACUUCAAGGUAUUUCAGAACAAACAUUAUUGGAACUCUCUAAAGGAAAACCAUGUCCACACCCUCGAGCAUGGUUUGUGUCCCUGGAUGGAAAGCCAAUAGCUCAAGUGAGGCAUUCUUUCAUAGAUCUGAAAAAGGGCAGAAAAACAGAGAGUAAUGAUACCAGUCUGGACUCUGGUGUGGACAUGAAUGAGCAUCAUCCUGGUAGGAAACUGGAGAGAGAGAAAACUUUCAUUAAAACUAUGCCUCAUUCUAAGAUUCUUUACUUGGAAGACCUGGAUCUGAGUAGCAGUGAAAGUGGGACCACUGUUUGCACUCCAGAGGAGCAGGCUGUGAGGUACCUUAUGGAUGGAGGGAAUGGACCAGUCAUAGAACAACAUGACGAAGAAGGUCUGAAAAGAAAAACUGUAUCAGGAAGUCGUGAAUCUGGUAUCCCUUCUGCUAAAAAAAGGGAUAGACCAUCUAUCAUGAGAAGAGAUAGCAAAACCAGUAUCUGGAAGAAAAGAGAGGAGAGGCCACUUCUCCCUAUAAAUUAAAACACAGUAUACUUUGUGUUGUUGCUCUCCCUGUUGGUAUUGACCUCUUGGCUGCUUCUGUGUUUCUGCAUUGUUGGGUUUACAAGGGAAAUGUUUUCUGGUAUCAAGAAAAGUUACUUCCUUUUUAAUAUACAGAUUAAGUUAUUAAACUUCAACUGGGCAACUGAUAUUCAAUGUGAUUGAAAACAGGGAAAUACUACUAUUAAAUUUUUCCAGUUCCUUAUUUUGCUGUCAGUACGGGAGAAAGCCCACAUUUUAAUCAGCCUGUCAUUCUUGGACACACAUUUGGGGGUGCACAGUGAGAAAUGUAGACACGUUUUAAUUUUUUCAUAAUUGUUAUAAUGCACUGGUAGACUAGUUAAAUCAGUUCCUCAGCCUUGUUCUUAAUCAUUGUGACCAUCUCUGUAAAGUAUUUUAUAUGUGAACUUUUCUAGGGAUCUGUUACUUCUUCUUUGUAUGAUGUAAAAUGUUUCAUCAGUUAGUCCCAGGACACCAGCAGAUGAGCUCUGUUGGAUUUAUCCGUGGAGCUCUAUGGCAUUCCUGCCCUCCCUGUGUGCCCAUCCUCAUGCAAAAGGUUUCCAUUCCAUGUAGUAGUGGCAGAACAGGGAAGUGUACAAGUUCUGUGGCCACUGCAGUUCAUGGUCUCUGGUGUUUUAAGAUGUUGCCCACCUGCUCUAAUUUACUUUGUUUACAUCUGCUAUAAAGCGUCCACAUCCAGCAGAAAAGGACUGGUUUUGGCAGCAUUUGAAGCUGCUGUUACUGUUUAUCCCAGUGUCUUGUUUUGGCUUUGUUGUCAGUUAAAAUUUCUUCUGUAUGCUGUUGGGCCAUUUGUGCUCCAGGACAUAGUCUUUAAUCCCUGCAUAUUUGUAAAUCAGAGUUUGUCCCAUAAUUAAAAGGUAAUGCAAUUUUAGACAAAUUAUGCCUUUGAGAUAGGUUUCUUUAGCUGGAAAAUUUGGCACUGUUGUUCUUCUUAAUGUUUAAAAAAAAUGGAAGAUCAUAAAAGGUUUAUGUGCCUACAUUUUGCCAGCCUGAGCUGCUUUUGUCUAAGUUGUGCAUUGCAGAAGGGUUAAACAAGCUUUGAAAGUGUGUGUGUGGGGUAUGAGCAUGAGACAGCAGAUCGCAAAAUUUGGUGCAAUAUAAAUACUACUUAUGACUCGGAGUUAAAUUUACCAAAAGUCAUGAAUGCAUGAAAUGUAACUAAGAUAUGUAUAGAGGAAGGAAAAGGCCAUCAGAAUAUUCUUUAUUUUUAAUAUUCAUUUUGUCAAAAUGAUCGCUUCAGCUUUGGCUAACAGAAAAAUACGUGCAUUCUUUAAUGUGCUUCAUAUAGCAUAUAGAAUGACUUUUGGUGGCUUUGAAGCUGUUUCCCUGAUAAAAUAAGUUCCAGCAUUUCGGCUUUGGCAGUUUGAUUAUAAAUCAUCCUAAAAAAAGCUUUAUAAAUAUUUCCCUUAGAGCUUGGUUAAGGUUCUGUCCCAAGACCCGAAUACAUAAUGCCUGUACGUGGAUUGUGGGGUGAGGUGCACUUGGUUGUCUGCCCUAUAGUACUCUUUAGAGUUGGGAAAUACCCUAUGCAGCUGGGCUUCUGGGAAUAUUUACUCAGGAAACGUUACUGUGAAAUAUAUCUGCUAUGUUGGAAUUGUCAAUUGUCUGGUCCUGUUGUAAAAGAGUAUGUAAGGUAACCAUAAUGGUACUAGCAAUACAUCAGUCGAACUUAGGCUGUGCAGUUGCUUCACAAACAAAAUAUGAUGUUCCUGUUGAGCUCGCAAGUAUGAAAGUGUACAAUAAAUUUGAGGUAGUUGUGCAAGUAAGUCCGUGAUUAAAUUGGCCAAAAGAAUCAGCUUUAAUUACACGAUUUACCUAUUUCGGAGGUGAAGAUGGCUUGUUGUACUAGCAUGCCUUUGGUGCUUUUUUUUAGGUAACUGGUUAAUUUUUCCUAUACCAAAUACAUUUUCACAAUACUUUUUUUUUUCUAUAUGCUGUUCCACUGGAUUUGGUGCGUGACUUACUCUCUAGCCCCAAAUAUUUUUAUCCUUUGCUUUAGUAGGAAUCAAUGUAUAUAUUCUCUGUAGAUGCACGUUUCUUCUGAAAGCUGCUUUGAUUUUUUGAGGCUUAAUAUUUCCCUGCUCUUAAGAGUUCCGUCAGUUCUGAUGGCUCCCUUUUCAACACUAAAGAAUUAGAUACUCUGUUGAACAUAAUAGAAAAUCUUUGACUAAGUAAUGGUUUUGAGAUGUUACUGUUAACUUGAUAUGUCUCUAUUUGAAAUGUUCGCCUGCAGUAACUUAAAUAUAUUGCAGAUUUCUUUCAAUGCAUUUUUUCAGUGUAUAUGCCAAAACCACCUAAUUUUUCAAACUUGUAUGAUUAAAAACUACAGAUUACUUACUGCACAUGGUGUUAUUCAUUUGAGUUCAAGAGAAGGAAGUUUUGCACUCCAGUGUUCUUGUUCUGCAUGAGAGUAGGUAUCUGGUCACCAAAGAAAAAGCAUUAGAAAUGUUGAAAAUAUCAGUUAUAACUUGAAAACUUCAGAGUAAUGGUGCCAAAAGAUGUACAGAUGUAGUCCAGAUUCUCUUCUGCUCUGAUUGAGUGCAAAGUGAGUUUAGCUCCAUACCAUCAUUCUAAAGGAGCUUUUGGCUGUCUGGAUCAGUCACAGUUGUUUUACUCUCCACAUAUGGCAGUGUAAAAUGGCCCCUUUAAAGGCUGUGCAUCAGUGAGGCAUUUCAGCUUUUAGUGGACAAAGCAAAUCAAAAGUGGAACAGAUCUUUCAAGAAGUGUCAACCGCUCCACGCAGCUUGGUGUCAUCAGCAGACUUGCUGUAGUUGCGCUUGAUCCCACUGUCCGUGUUGCUGACAAAGAUGUUGAACAGCACUGGUCCCAAUACUGACUCCUGAGGAAAAUUGUUGUCACUGAUAUCCACUUGGACACUGAGCCAUUAACCGCAACUUUUUGACUGCAGCCAUUCAACCAAUUCCUUGCCCACUGAGUGGUCCAUCUGUUAAAUCCAUGCCUCUCCAGUUUGGAGACAAGGAUGUCAUGUGGGACACUAUCAGAUGCCUUGCACAAGUCCAGGUAUAUGAUGUCAGUUGCUCUUCUUCCCUUAUCCACCAAUGCUGUCACCCUAUUGUAGAAGACCACCAAAUUUGUCAGGCAUGAUUUGUCCUAACAAACUAUAUUGGCUCUCACCAGUUACGUCCUUAUUUUCCAUGUGCCUUAGUAUAGUUUCCAGAAGGAUUUGCUCUGUGGUCAUGCUGUGCACCAAGGUGAGACUGUUCCCUGGGUUUUCCUUUUUUCUCUUUUUAAAAAUGGGGGUUAUGUUUCCCCUUUCCAGUUAGUGGGAAGUUCACCAGACUGCCACGACUUCUCAAAUAUGAUAGAUAAUGGCUCGCAACUACAUCCACCAGUUCCUUCAGGAACUGCAGAUGUAUCUCAUCAGGUCCCUUGGACCUUUAGGUUUCUUAGAUGAUCUUGAACCUGAUCUUUUCCUACAGAGGAAGGAAUCUCCCAGUUCUUGCGUUUGCCUUCUGUGACUUGGGCAGUGUGGCUGGAGCACUUGACGGUGAACACCUAAACAGGAAAGUCACUGAGUACUUCAACUUUCUUCAUGUGCCAGGUAGCCAGGUAUCCCAUUUCCUUCCAGAAAGGAAAUUUUCCCUUUCUUCCUUUUAUCACCAGUGUACCUACAGAAUCUUUUCUUGUUGCUUUUGAUGUCUCUGGUCAGAUUUAAUUGUUUCUUAUCAUAUAUGUGUGUUUGGCUGUUGCUUCUAUCCAUGCCAGCUUGCUUU